GGGAUCAUCCUUUUCUCCAGCCUGCCAGGCCUCAUGAACCGGAUUUGACGUCGUUCUCGGCGAGUCAAUGCCGCGGCCCGUAGUGGGAAGAGGAGCUCCAACCAGCUGGAAAGCUGAUCCUUCCAAGGCCAAUUCCCGGACCUGAAACUCUGUCUGCCCCGCACCGACUGGCGGGGAGACAACAAGAAAGUGCCCUCUAGUACGAGUACUCGAUGUACAUAUAGCCACUCACUGGUCCAUCUGCGACCUUCCACUCCCUCUUCUUCCUUAGCCGUACCACACAAGACACAGAAAGUACAAACACGACAGCAAGCACAACGAGCAAGUCAACCCAGUCCAACACCGCGACAAUGACAGUCCACGCAACAGUUCUCUACCCCAAUGAAGCCGACACCAAGUUCGACAUGGACUACUACCUAAACAAGCACAUGCCGCUUGUUAUGGAGAAGUUCGGCAAGCACGGCCUCAAAGGGUACCAAGUGACCGAGUACAAGCCCGGCGAUGACGGGGCUAAACCUCCUUACUGCACCGGAUGCACUUUGAUUUGGGACGAAGCCGACCAUCUCAAGGCCGCCCUGACCUCCGAGGAAGCCGGGCCAGUUUUCGGCGACAUCACGAAUUUCUCGAACAAGCAGCCCGUCUUUCUGGGCGGUGAGGUCGUGGGACAAAAGUAAGCACACAAAUGCAGAUGAACUAUGGCCAAGAGCAGCGGAAGAACAUAGCCAGUGGCAGAACAUGAUGCAAGAACACACAAUAUUUCAUAUCUCUAACC